UGAGUACUUGAGACAAGCAAAGGGAGCAAAAUGGCGGACGAGGAUAUUACGCUUGAUGGACAACCUUUGCAGUCGCUCCGAGUCGCGGAUUUAAAAGCUGCACUGGAGCGGAGAAACCUACCGAAAAGCGGAGCGAAAAACAAACUCAUUCAGCGACUUAAAGGGGCUCUUAUGCUGGAGAACCUGCAAAAGUCAUCCUCCUCACACAGUGGGCUGCAGCCUAACUCUCAGAUUGGGGAAGAGAUGAGCCAGAAUAGCUUCAUAAAGCAGUAUCUGGCCAAGCAGCAAGAACUCCUCUGCCAAAAGAUGGAGAAAGAGGCCGAGCGAGAGGAUGAAAGUCUCGCUGUACCAGAAGAUGAAGACCAGUCAGACGAUGACAGCCCGUCCUGUGUCUUUGACAUGCAGAAACACCCACUCAACAGGACAGAGGAGAGGGUGGGAGGUGGAUCUCUGAUGGGGGAGGGAAUGAUGAUGAACAAGGAGCCCCCUGAGGCUCCAGGAGCAAAGAGGCAGAGAGCCAGUUUUCCUCAGGGACACAAGGAGCCGCCAGUACCCUCUCCUCCCCGUGCCGUGGCUUCUCUGUCAGUGCGAGUCGUGGGCCAGCCAGACCGCCAGGGCCUGCCCCCCGCUGUGUCCAGAGGCCAGGAGAAAGAGGGAACGGCGCCCAGAGAGCGGGGAUCAGCCCACUCUGUCCUCCAUCUCAGCCGGUCUGCUGGCAUGGCAGCCGGAGAUCAGGUCCACAAGGACAGCGAUGAAGAUGAUGACAGUGAUAGUGAGGAUGACGAGGACUGGGGGCCUGGUCCUGGUGGAGCACGAAAAGGCAGCCGAGCCCCUCCGCAGCCUCCGCAGAUGCCGCAGAUGCCCGCGAUAGCACCUUCUGCUGCUGCAAGAUCCAAACGAAAGCUUCAGCUUCCGCAGCACAUUCCACCACCACAGCCACACCAGAACCUGAUGCAGCUACGCCACCCAACACCUCCUCCUUCGCCACCUCCUGACCUGUUUCGCCUCCCAGAUACUCCGAAGCAGAGUCCGCCAGACAACGACGACAAGGAGGGAGAAAGCUCUGAUGCUGCAAGGGGUGUCCCACCUGCUGCCUUGCAGAGGCAAGACUCCGAUUCAAGCUCCCGCUCCAGCAGUCCCGAGCCCCCUGCGAAACACGGGCCGGGCCCCCUCUCUAUGCUGGUGCACAAGAUGGAGUCAGAGGAGGCAGGGUCUGCCACUUCAGCAGGAACCAGUCAGUCGCAGCUCCAGAUGAAACAAGAGAAGAUGGAAAUCGACAGCAAACACCAGAUUGAGGAUGUCAAAGAAAGCAAGACAAAUGAGCUUGACAAGGAAAAGCAGGCAGAUGGAAACCCUGUUACUGCUCCAACCAAAACUCAAAACUCAAGUUCCUCUUCUGACUCAGACCCACAAUCGGAUUCUUCUUCAAGCUGUUCAUCAUCACCCGCGAGGGUUCAAUCGCGCCGUGUAAGGCAGCUCAAGAAAGCUGACCUAAAACAAGAAGGUAAUGGUGAGACAAAGGGAAAGGGGGCUGAGAAGGAACACCUCCUAAAAAGUGAGGUGUCCGAGCCCAGCCUGGCCGCCGUGUCGGAAGCGGAACCAGAUUCUGAGAGCCCCGUGUCCCAGCAGCUGAUGUCGGGAGCCGACCAAAUCAAUAGUGAGGGCCACCUGGAGGAGAGCACCACUCCAAAGGCUUUUGCUGCUCGCAAGAUAUCUUUGACCAGCAGCAAGAUGCUCCCCAACACUGCAACCGACGUAGGAGGGGGAGACGCAGACUCUGUAGCUGUGGCAGGGAGGAAGAGACGUUGGGGCUCCAGCACAGCAGUCACUUCAAAGAAGCCAUCCAUCAGCAUCACUACUGACUCACUCAAGACUUUGAUCCCAGAUAUCAAAGUAGCCCAGGAGGCCGUGGUCGACCUUCUGCUCCCUGAGGAUCUGCAGAUGUCCGGGGAUGAGGACAACCAUGACAACAGCCAGGGCGAUCAGGACAAAGGCCUGAAGAUUCGACGCACAGUCACACAAGUGGUCCCAGCUGACAACCAGGAGAACGGGCAGGAAGAAGUGAAAGAGAAGGAGGACCCGAUAGCGGAACGAGAAAUGCAACAAAUUACCCCCACAGACAAACCUAAGAAAAGUGUUUCAGAUGAGACAUGUGACAAGCCUGAUACUGAGCCAAAGAAAGUUUCCCCCAGUGACAGUUUAGUGCGUCGCUCCAUCAGCCAACAGAGGUCUGGAAUGUCUGUCACUAUAGACGACCCUGUCCGGUCCACCAGGCAGCCCUCACCUCCACGAGGCAAACUUUCCAACAUUAUCCAUGUGACAAACCUGGUCCGACCAUUCACAUUGGACCAGCUCAAAGAGCUGCUGAAACAGACAGGCAGUGUGGUGGAAGGAGGCUUCUGGAUCGACAAGAUCAAGUCACACUGCUUCGUCACAUAUGCUACAACAGAGGAGGCAGUGGCUACCAGAGCUGCUCUCCAUGGAGGCAAAUGGCCUCAGAGCAAUCCCAAAGUGCUCAGUGUGGACUUUUGUGAACAGGAUGAGCUGGACUUUCACAAAGGUAUCCUAAAGCCAAAAAAAGAGGAGAACCACUUCCCUCAGCUGGCCCCUCACCAGAUUCGGCUUCCCCCACUCAUGCCAGAACGAGACAAGGAAAUUGAGCGAGACCGAGGCAGAGACCGUGACCGAGGAGCGCCACUGGUACGGGACCUGUUGGCUGAGCGCCAGAGAGAAAUGGAGCGGAGAGAACGCGCUCGCGGGGAACGCGAGUGGGACCGCGACAAGAUCCGUGAAUUUGCGAAGCCGGGAGAGGAGGAGCGACGUUCCAGGUCCCGUGACAGAGAGCGGAGGCGGCGAGAGAGGGCAAAGAGUAAGGAGAGGAGGACUGAAAAGAAGGAAAAGGCAGAAGAGGCUCCUGCAAAGCUUCUGGAUGACUUGUUCCUCAAGACCAAAGCAGCUCCGUGUAUAUACUGGCUGCCCCUCACAGAAGAACAGGCUGUGCAAAGGCUGUUAGAACGGGGUGAGCGUCAAAAGGAACGCGAGCGACGGCUCAAGGAGCAGAAGGAAGAAGAGGAAAAGAAGCGAGAAGAAGAGAGGAAGGAGAGGUUAAAAACCCGGGAGAAAGAAGGUGGCGGUGCGACAAUAGGCAGCAGGGGAACUGGUGGCCGAGGAGCCGAUACCGACCGAGACAAGGAGCGAGGCUGGAAUGCAGACGGAGACAGGAGGAGGGAAGGUGACCGUCGUUCCGGGCAACCCACAACAGCCACUGACGCUGGGUGGCGGUCUCGUAGCCGAAGCGACACCAGAGACCGGCGCCGCUGAAUCAGACAAAUAAUUCUUAGGACUUUGAAUCUAUCGCAACUGGACUUUUUAGGUUGUCCUAGAGGAUGUUUCGCUUUCAUCAGUUCAUGUUCAAAGACUAGAUAGGACAGCUCUAGCCCAGCUCUAGCCCAGCAUAAACAAAAUGUCUUCUAAGAUAACCUGAACAGUCCAGCGGGGAUGGAGAAUACAAUGACCUGGAUGAGUGAAAAUAUUCACAGGCAGACACGAGGAAAGAAGAGUACGCCUCAGCCUGCUCAGUUUAAAAUGGUCUACUGAAGUCCACUUCCUGUUAAAACGUGUCAUUGUUUCCCCACUGGAGGGCAGACUUCCUACUUGUAAAGGUUAUGUUUUUAACUGGCAUCCAUUGCAGAAAAGAUGGAGGGGGCAGUGUUCUCAAGGCUUAGAUGCCUUAUUUUUUUUCUCCUUUCUUUUAAAGUUCUGUGGUUCCACAGUUUAUUCCUCCCAAAGCCCUGUAAUAAAGUCGAAAAUAGAUAUCCUGUCCUUCAAACAUUACCUAUGAGCAGUUUGUGUUUGGCUCACUUCUACUAGAGUUUAUUUUAAUGUUUAAUUUUAACACUUGAUCUUACUGUCCCAACUAAGUUAGGAAAAUGUAAUAGGUUAUAUCAAAUACUGGAUUUGAGUCCUGGUUUGUCUUUAGAGGGCGUGUAUCAGGAUGAUAAACAUUAAGAUGCUCACAUGUCAAUCAUAUAAAUAUUCAAAUAAAGGUUUGUAUUCUGAUAGCUCCA